UGGACGUUGGAGGCAAACUGACUCAGAUACGUGUGCAACCUCGUACCGAGUCAUUCAGUGGUCUACUUUGAGGUAUUUUACACGCAAGUGUCGUUCCAAGUGUUCCGGCAAUAUCGUCCUAACUAACUUUACUCGUUCACGUGAAUGAUAUCUGUACUUAUGUACAUAUAUGUACAUACACUUGCGCGUGCGCGCAAACGUGUACUUUCACAAGUUUUCGCAUAAUUAUUCCAUUAUCUUUGAACGCGUAAAGUUUGAUUUCUAAACGCGUAACGUGGAAAAUAGAUGUGUAAUUACGUGAAUUUGACAAAUUUGUUUGCCACGCCUAGGAUAGGGAGAUUCAAAGUGAGCAGGAUUAAAAUUUUUGGUUAAAAAGUUUUUGAUUUUCUAUAAAGACGAAAGAGUUUCGUGUAUAAAAUGGCAAAUUUAACAACGUCGAUCGGGUUGAUGAGAUAUGAGAAUAAAACAAAAAACUCAAUGCAGAGAAUAAAGAUGAUGAUCGUUUAAUACGAUUUGUUUCGAAACUUUUUUUUUUUUUUCUUUUGCAAUUUGGACUAUACUUUUUCGUUCGUUUUAUACCUCGAAGAGGUAUCCAUAACGGUAGAAUUUGAUCGAAGCUAAAUGUCGACGAAAGCAGAAGGGCCAUCAUCUCCACGACAAUUUUUUGCCCGAAUUUAUGGACAUCUUGAAGCGAAAAAAGUUGAUGGUACCGAGAAAAAUGAUGAGGACAGGACUGAACCGAAAUCAAGUUUUGAACUUUCCUCGAAUAUUCUUCUUUACAAUAGAAAUACGUUAGAUGCGGAUAAUUCGUGCAAUUCUUCGAACGAUGAAGUUAUACAAGUAACAGGUAUAAAAAAAAAGUCGUCAGAACGGGGCGGAAAACAGAAUACCAAUGAAACAAAUACUUUAAUGAACGAGAAAGAAAAGAGCUCGAAUUUUUUUAAUUUAAGAUUGCCAUUGUUUCACGAACUUCAUCAAUCUAGACCAGCCAAUCAUCCUGUAUUCUUAUCUCAAGUUACAUAUCCGUCUGCGCUUCCGCCACAUUUUCAUAAUUUACCAUAUUUUUCAACUUCGGAACACCAUUUGCAAGGAUUUUCGGCUUUCUUAGCUCGCAAGAGAAGAAAAGAAGGAAGACCGCGAAGGCAAAGAACAACUUUUAGUGGUGAACAAACAUUAAGAUUGGAAGUUGAAUACCGUAGAGGAGAAUAUAUUUCUAGAGGACGAAGAUUUGAACUUGCCACAUCUUUACACCUUACAGAAACCCAGAUUAAAAUUUGGUUUCAAAAUCGACGGGCCAAAGACAAAAGAAUAGAGAAGGCACAACUUGAUCAAUAUUAUCGGAAUUUUGCCAUUUCUAAUGGAAUGAUAAAUUUGCCAAUUUAUGGUAGAAACGGAUUCUGUGAAUUUUGUUUUUAUAAAAAGACAUUUGGAUCUACAACUAAUCAUUCAUGUGCUUCAAUGAAUUCUGUUACCGGAACUUUUACAAAACAACAAUGUAAUAAAGGUGAAAAUGAUAUAGAUAACACAUCAAAUAUACUAUUUUCUGCUUGAAAUUUGUUAAACAUUUGGAAUAAGAUUCAUUAUAUUUUAUUAUAACCAUUUGUAUCUGUUUUAUCAUGUAUAUUCAAUAUUAA